AUGGCGUACGCCUAUCUUUUUAAGUAUAUUAUCAUCGGCGACACAGGUGUCGGUAAAUCAUAUUUAUUGCUACAGUUUACUGACGAGAGGUUUCAGCCAGUGCAUGACCUCACGAUUGGUGUAGCGUUUGGUGCUCGAAUGAUAACAAUUGAUGGAAAACAGAUACAACUCCAGAUCUGGGACACUGCAGGACAAGAGUCCUUUCGUUCUGUCACCAGGUCUUAUUACAGAGGUGCUGCUGGGGCUUUGCUAGUAUAUGAUAUUACAAGGAGAGAUACAUUUAACCACUUGACAACCUGGUUAGAGGAUGCCCGCCGGCAUUCCAGUUCCAACAUGGUCAUUAUGCUUAUUGGAAAUAAAAGUGAUUUAGAAUCUAGAAGAGAAGUAAAGAAAGAAGAAGGUGAAGCUUUUGCACGAGAACACGGCCUUACGUUCAUGGAAACUUCUGCUAAGACUGCUUCCAAUGUAGAAGAGGCAUUUAUUAAUACAGCAAAAGAAAUACAUGAAAAAAUUCACGAAGGCAUCUUUGACACUAAUAAUGAGGCAAAUGGCAUUAAAAUUGGCCCCCAGCACACUCCUGCUAGCUCCUCCCUGACUUCUGCCCAUUUGCUGCUUUGCGGAGCGCCAAAGCCCUAA